UCACUCCGCGCUCGGACGUAUCACAACAAGUUUCGCAGCUGAUAAGGACGUGGUUUGUUCCGGCGAAAAGUGGAUUUUCCAUCCUGAAGUCAGCCGCUUUUAUCACGAAAUUUAUUGUGUUUUAACCCACAGCGUGGCCGUUUUUUAACAUCGGGCAGCCUAGUUGGAUUAUACAAUGAGACUUUUGCCUUUUCCUCCCGAAGACGUGUUGCUAUAACGUUGACGCUGGCUGACUAGCCCCUCCAUCGAGUGAAGAAACAAUGCAGGCCUAGCUAGCAGCUAACUCUGGCUAGCGGAAGCUAAUCGGAUAGACCACUAGACUGCAGUGGGAUUUAAACCAAACGAUUGAGGUGUUUUUCGACACAACAGCGAGAUUCAAUCCGCUAUGAGCUCCCAGCUGCAGGUCUUCUCUCCUCCAUCCAUCUCCUCCAGUGCCUUUUGCCGUGUCAAGAAGCUGAAGGUGGAGAACAACGUUUGGGACGUGUCCACCACUGAAGCUUACAGUUCUAUAGCAGGACAGUCAGCAUACACCUUUACCCCAGCCAUGGCUGUGCCACCGUUUGCGCCAUCCCUGGUCUUCCCCCCUGCUGCACCUGGAUCCAGGGGCCAAGUGGUGGUUCGGGCAGCCGACAGCACUGGCAGUCUUCCCCGUGGCUCCAGCCGACGAAUCACUGAGCAGGCGGCAUCGUCGUCAUACACCCAUGCGGAGUCAUCCUCUGACACAAGAGGGAACAGGCAUGGGCAGAAGAGAAAGAUGGAGGAGGCCAAUGAAGGCAGCGGGAGUGGAUGUGGCAGUGUCCAGAUAUUAGAAGAGCUCUCAGCUCCUGCAGCAGCUUACUCCACUCGCACAGGUGGUGGGGGAGGCGGGGGCACAGGCCAGUCCAUUCCACACUCAGCGCCCACCACCAAGAGCAGCAGCUCCAAUGGCGAGGGGGAUUACCAGCUCGUACAGCAUGAGAUCCUCUGCUCUGUGUCCUGCAGCUAUGAAGUGCUGGAGUUCCUGGGCAGGGGCACCUUUGGACAGGUGGCCAAGUGCUGGAAGAGGGGAACAAAUGAGAUUGUUGCCAUCAAGAUCCUCAAGAACCAUCCAUCUUAUGCUCGUCAGGGCCAAAUUGAGGUGGGUAUCCUCAAUCGUCUGAGUGCAGAGAACGCAGAUGAGUACAACUUUGUGCGUUCAUACGAGUGCUUCCAACACAAGGGUCACACCUGCUUGGUGUUUGAGAUGCUGGAGCAGAACCUGUAUGACUUUCUGAAGCACAGCAAGUUCAGCCCGCUUCCCCUCCGGCACAUCAGACCCAUCUUACAACAGGUGGCUACUGCCCUGAUGAAGCUGAAGAGUCUGGGCCUGAUCCAUGCAGACCUGAAACCUGAGAAUAUCAUGCUGGUUGACCCCCUCAGACAGCCCUACAGGGUGAAGGUGAUUGAUUUUGGCUCGGCCAGCCAUGUCUCCAAAGCGGUUUGUUCAACCUACUUGCAGUCCCGCUACUACAGGGCUCCAGAGAUCAUCUUGGGGCUGCCGUUCUGCGAGGCCAUCGACAUGUGGUCGUUAGGCUGUGUGAUUGCUGAGCUGUUUCUGGGUUGGCCGCUUUACCCAGGAGCCUCUGAAUAUGACCAGAUCCGCUAUAUUUCUCAGACCCAAGGCCUACCAGCAGAGUACCUUCUGAGUGCCGGCACCAAGACCAGUCGCUUCUUCAACCGAGGCCCUGACUCAAGCUACCCACUCUGGAGGCUCAAGACGCCAUCAGAACAUGAAGUGGAGAUGGGGAUCAAGUCUAAAGAGGCCAGGAAGUAUAUCUUCAACUGUUUGGAUGAUAUGAUGCAGGUCAACCUGUCUUCCCAUCUGGAAGGGACAGACAUGUUGGCCGAGAAAGCAGACAGGCGUGAGUUUAUAGACCUCUUGAAGCGGAUGCUCCGACUGGAUGCUGAGAAGAGGAUCACGCCCACAAAAACCCUGGGUCACCCCUUUGUCACAAUGAGCCACCUCAUGGAUUACCCCCACAGCUCCCAUGUGAAGUCGUGCUUCCAGAACAUGGAGAUCUGCAAGCGCCGCAGCUCGUCCUACGACAGCAGCAAAUCCCUGUACUCCACCAACACUGUCCCCAGCGCUGCAGCGGGCAACCUCACUGUUACCUUCAGCAGCCAGCUCAACCAGCUCAACCAGCACAACCAGGUGCCUUCAGCAGGGGGAGCAGUGCCUCUGCUCAACUACCAGCCAGCUCUGUACCAGCAGGCUACCAUCAACAUUCCUGGGCUGACACAACAGAGUGUCCCAAUUCAAACACGGCCCGCUGGGCUGUGUAGCCAGACCGAACCCUUCCAACAGACACUCAUCGUCUGCCCUCCCUCCACUAUCCAAGGGCUACAGUCAUCCAGCAAGGGCUCCAGUUUCCCGGUGAGGAUGGAGAACUCAGUACCCAUAGUACCUCAGAACCAGUCUGCUCAGUCAUUGCAGAUCCAGCCAAGUAUGCUUACACAGGGUUCCUGCACACCCCUGAUGGUGGCCACCCUGCACCCCCCCUCAGCAGGCAUAGCCCCCCAGUACUCUCUGCCCCUGGGGCUGGGCGCCGGGGUGGGUCGGCCCACCCUCCUGGAGCACACAGCCACAGUGCUGCAGGCCUGGCCCACUGGCACCCAGCAGAUCCUCAUACCAUCAUCUUGGCAGCAGGUUCCAGGUGUGGCCAUCCACAGCUCAACACAUCAGUCUGCUGUUACCGAGUCUCCCCUGGAAACACUUCACUCAGAUGCUGCCACCCAGCAGGGACACAGCUGGAGGAGCACAACCCAAGCCAGGUCUCAGCAAGAGAGGAAAAAGGUCAAAGCCAGACGCGGCGAAAGCAGAAACAGGGGUAUAUCCACUGCAUCAUUGCUCAGCAAUAGUGGGGUGAGUCCGCCCACCUGCAGUGCCACCUUGUCGCAGCCAAUCAUCAUUUCCGACACACCCAGCCCGGCGGUCAGCAUCAUCACUAUUCACAGCGACACUGACACAGAAGAUGAGCGCAAGUUCCAUCCCGCCAGUGUGGGUCUGAGCCAGCGGACUAAUGUGAUCAGCUGUGUGACGGUGCACGACUCUGACUCAUCUACAGCCAGCCCACUGACUCCACUGCCCCGCACCCACAUCCCAGCCAGCUCAGUGUCAUCGCGCCAGGCCAAGUCUCUGGCAGUAGUGGCACCCUCAGUCAAAACCCAGGUGUCUGAGAGGGGCACAGUUUCACGUGCCCGCCUAGAGACUGUGAACUACAUGAAGCCUAAGAGGUCAGCCAAUCGACAGCCCUGCAGUUCAGGGGAGAGCUUGGAGCGCCACGGACUAGUGCCGAGCCAGUCCCACCCCUUGAACCUCAGCCAGGUGCAGCCGGUGGUGUCCUCGUCUCAGGAGCGCUUGGGGGGCUCCCACAGCAGCUCUUCUCUGCGUCGCCAACAGACUUUCCCCCCAGCCGUCUCAGCCUCCCACUACAACUUUCAGGAAGUAUCUGCCCUGGCUUCAGCCACGGCACCCGGCCCCAGCCUAUACACCUACCCAGCCUCUGCUGCCCUCUCUUCAGCUUCCCAGGCCAUGGAGCAGCUGCUGGGCCGAGGUCACAGCAGCCAUGGACACUCCCCCUCCGCCUAUGCAGCAACAUAUGCCUCAUCGUCCUCGUCCAGGAGAGAUUCAGCCAGUCGCAAGGAUUCUGUCAGUAGUCUGCUACACGGCCUACCCACAGCCUACCAGCACCAGUUUGCCCCUGGGUCACCCUACGUCAGCGUGACACCCAGAGCCGAGGCUUACAGUGCCUACCAGCUGAGCCCAAGGCGCCUGGCACAGUACCCCUACCUGUAAAGGACUUCAACACUCAAUAUGGCGGCUCAUGCGCACACACCUUCAGUAACAACAGCAACGUAAAAAAAAAAAAGUACUUCCCCCACACACUAUUGCAAAGGGACUCUUGAACCACAUUUCUAUUGAAAUAAUUUUUGGUAGAUUGAAGGGGUUAGGUCACAUAUUUGAUCGCUGCAUUUGAUUACAGAGCAGCGUUUCACUUCCAGCUAGUUUUACAUGCUCUUUUGGACUAUUUUAGUGUUAAGAAAUGUUAAUUGGUAUUGUAUUGGUUUAUGUUCCUUUUGAUGAAAAAAGUGUUUUGUUUUUAGCCCAUAUAUUAUCUUAUUCAGAUGUAGAGUAAGAGCAUUGUGGUAAAUGUAUUUUACACCUGUUGCUUUAUCUAAGGCUCUGUGUGAAGAGAGAUUAUUCUCCUGUCACAAGCUGUGAUGACACUUUAGGUGAGCCUCGGAGCCUGGCACACAAGGCUAGUUCAGGGCUAGCUGACAAAGAGGGUUUCAGGUCAUGUGUUUUUUCAUAAGUCUUGUCACACUAAUCCACUGAUAUUCCCCGUGUUUUAGAUAACACACCUAUGACUGUAUCAUUAUCCAUGACUUUGUUUUACCCACAAAUGUUUGAUUUUAUUAUGUUUAAAUUAUGUUUUGUCCAUGUGAGGUAUUGCAGAGGAAGGUCCUGUUUUCAGCACCCUUAAGUGACCAUAAUGAUGUCCAAAAGGGUUGUUGUGAGAAAGCUAUGGUUAAACUGUGAUGGAUCAAUGUUUAAUUUAAGUGCACAUGUGAUAGUUUGACUCUUAAUGUAGUGACAGUGUUUAGGCAGGAUAAAUCAUGUCCUUAUGCAAAAGAAACUCUUGAACUUCAUCCACUGUGAGUGCUGAAUGUAUUUAUCAAGUACAGAGGAUGGUAUAAAUAUCAUGUCCAUUGUCAGGAAAGAAAUUAAAUGCGCAACUUUUAAAGUAUAAAGAAAUUUAACUUACAGAUAUUUUUAAGUCUCUCCAAACUCAGAUUCAUAUUGGCAAAAAAAAAAAAAAAAUUCCAUUUCAGUGAACUGUGCACAAAGCUGAUAUGGUGUAGUACCUGCUGAUUAGUAGGUUGGGACUGGAUUUGUGGGCAGUUUUUUUCCAAAAUUUGUAAAUGGGAAAAGCAAAAUUUCUGUUCUGUUGUUUAGCUUUGUGUAUAAAACGAACCAAGGAAUGGUAAAAACUACCAACACUGCGGUUCCCUGAGAUGGAUAAACAUAAAGGAAUACAAAACCAUUGGGCAAAUACACUUUCGGUAAUUUGCUCAGUGUUUGAGAAGAAGUUUAUUGGCGGUUUUGUGUCAGUCACAGCAUUCAGUUCAGUAUGACGCUAGGCUAGUUUGGACCGUCCACUGAACAUCACAAUACGUACUGCACACUAGUGAGCAAAAACGCAUAGUUGAAACUGCAAUGUCUCCACACAACUUGAUCAAGGAGCUCAUUUGCCCUUGAAAUUGCCAUCAUGUAACCUCUUACUGUUCUUCAAAUGCUACAGUGCAGUUCAUAUGGAUAGCACUUCUCAUUAGGAGUAUGAGUGUACUAAACACAGAUCAUGCACACCGUCUGUCUCCCCUGUCUGAAUUCCCGUCAGAUGCACAGUAGAUGGCAGUACCUGUUCAGUGAAACACUCUGUACUUGUUACGGCUAUCAGCUCAGCAACUUUCCCUCCCACGCUCAGUGAGUACCUGUGGGUGUCAAUGUAAUGAAGGCUUUUUAGUAACUCCUUCCCUGUUGUGUUUGCAUCCAAUUUGUGUUGUAAUGUCUGAGUAUUUAACUGUUUGUAUCUCAUCUUAACAUAGUAUAGUUAAGAGGUUAUCUGGUAGAACUAAUUCAGGGAAAAGGUUUCAGCUCAAAUAAUCCACUAUCACUGUUUUCAAUAAAAUAACCUCAAGUCCACUA